AUAAAGCGACAAAAGACUGUCGCAAAAGUUGCACAUUACAUUUUGCUGAUGUUGGUUUCUACUGUAUCAACUGCUUCUGACAUGAACUGGUGACAACACAAACAUCUGAGUAAUGUAAUCUAGCUGUUCGUUAACGUGUUGUCGAUGUGCUUCGCUUUAGAAUGGCCUCAAUCACUUAAAAUCAGUUCCCGCCUAUAGUUUAUGAGAUUAUCUCUCGUUUACUCAACAAUAAGACACACUCCAGCACAGGUAAGCUAGUUAGCUAGCUAAGGUAGGCAUAAUUUAUGUCACUAGGCAAGCGCCUUUGGGCUUCAAUGAAAACUGAAGAUCCAGGAGAAGAGUUGUGAGGAGACAUCAACAGGUUGUGCGAGGAUGGACUUUGUCAAAACGGUCCUGGUGACUGGAGGGGCAGGUUUCAUUGGGUCCCAUUUUGUCUGCUCCCUAGUCAACAGGCACCCAGAUUGGCGUAUCAUCAACUUUGACAAUCUGGACUACUGUUCCAAUCUCAGGAACCUGGAGUCUGUAGAGGAGAAUGAGAACUACACCUUUAUCAGGGGGGAUAUAUGCAAUCCACGCUUGGUAAACCACAUCUUUGCAACAGAAAGCAUCGACAUCGUCUUUCACUUUGCGGCUCAAACACAUGUUGAGACGUCCUUCGUAUGGCCGUCCAGAUACCACAUGGUGAACGUGGAGGGGACAAGGGUGCUACUGAAAGAAGCUUUUGAGGCCAAGGUGGAGAAGUUUAUUUACAUUAGUACAGAUGAGGUGUAUGGAGAGAGUCUGUAUAAGGAAUUAGAUGAAACCAGCCCAAGAAGACCCAACAACCCAUACUCUGUGUCUAAAGCAGCUGCUGAGUGUCUUGUAUUGUCCUACAGGGAGAGACACAAGUUUCCUGUUAUAAUAACAAGGAGCAAUAAUGUAUAUGGACCCAGACAGUACUUGGAGAAGGUCAUUCCAAAAUUCGUGUCCUUCCUUCAGCUGAACAAAAAAUGUACCAUCCAAGGGACCAGCCCCCAAUCUCGCCACUUCCUGUACGUGGAUGAUGCCGUUGAAGCAUUCCACACCAUCCUGGAGAGGGGGACGGUGGGAGAAACCUACAACAUCGGGACCGACUUCGAGAUAUCCAUCAUUCAACUAGCCAGAGAACUUAUCAAGAUGUGUGUGUUACAGGUCAGGCAUGUACCUGAUGCAGAACUGGACGACUGGCUGGAGUUUGUGCCUGACCGGCCAGUGGUUGACCUGAGGUACCCUGUGAACUGUGAGAAGCUGUGGAGGCUGGGCUGGAAGCCUGCAGUGUCAUGGGCAGAGGGUAUCAGAAGGACAGUCAAAUGGUACCAAGAGAAUCCAGACUUCUGGCCAGAUGUCAAACCAGAAGACCAACCAAUUACCUUUGAGCCCGAUACCAGAGACCAAUAAGCACAUAGAUCCUCUUCCUGUAUUCGUGGUCACCAACCCUGUUCCUGGAGAGCUACAGGGUGUGCUGACUUUUGUUCCAGCCCUGUAUUAACACAUCUGGUUCAAUUGAUUAAUCUUACUUAGGGUUGUUGACCUCCACUAGUCAAACCAGCAUCUCAAUCACUGUGGGUGUGCAAAGGAACACUUAUUUUUGUAAAUGUUUUACUAAUGAAGGUGGAAUGGAAUAUACAGUGCCUUGCGAAAGUAUUCGGCCCCCUUGAACUUUGCGACCUUUUGCCACAUUUCAGGCUUCAAACAUAAAGAUAUAAA